AUGCAAGAAGGAAUUCGUACAGUGGCAGAUAAGAAGUCCGAACACUUUGGUGAUUUAGCACCAUGCUCAAAGCUUAUGAGUUCCGAGGCGAGGGAACCGAUAAUAAUACAGAAACUGAAAACCCUCUUUCACGGUAGUGCCUCUCCCGGCCUCAAGUUAAAAACUUACCAAAACCGAUCAAAAUGGUCAAACCCAACAAGCAAAUAA